AUGGCAUUCUCAGCAUCCAUUGACCAUUGGUUUUUAUUGUCAAUUGUGUUUUACAUCUUUGCUUCAAUUUGCAAAUUUGGAAGGGCGUAUGAAUAUCCUCACCUAGGAGCUGCAGGAGUAGUUGCUGAUGAGUAUUUGCCUAAAGCAGAGGUUGAAGGAGAGACUAAUCAGUUCUUUCCUGAAGCUGGGAUAAUAGGCACAAGUCCUGCUCUUAUUUUCAACAAGGCCCUUGGAUGUUUUAGCGACAAAUAUAUAUACAGCCGCUGUAAUGAAGCUCACAGGCUCACUCAAAGUGGGUUACUCAAUGUUCCACUUGGAUACACUGAUGAAUAUUGUAAUGGGCCAUGUUUAGGAGAGACGAACCACGUUUUAGACUGUGUCGGUGGAUUCCUAAAAGGGUUCAUAUUUUACAAUAAGGCAACGCUUAGAGAUAUAAGAGACACCCUCGAGUCUGGAUGUGGCUAUGGACCUUUAAGAGGCAACUUUGAUGUGGUUCGGAAUAUUCAAGCCGGUGAUGCCAGCAAGUACAAGGCGUCUAAGCAUGUCGUUUAUGCACUCGUGGUGAUGAUUAUCGGUUGGAGAUUAGCGAUCUAA